AUGCUGUAUUCAGAUGGCGAGCGUCUCAUCUUUCGCUAUGAUGCCGAAAUUCUUUGGAUUGAGCCAUGGGGGCGCGAUGCCUUUCGUGUGCGGGCGACCAAGCAAAACCGCAUGCCACCGGAGGACUGGGCCUUAACAGUGAAACCGGAUAUACCAAAACCGGUAAUUGAGAUAACGGAAUCCGCCGGCAGUAUCACGAGCGGCAGAGUGCGAGCUGUCGUCAGCAAGUUGGGCAAGCUUAUCAUCUACCAGACCGACAGCGGAAAGAUCCUCUUGGAGGAAUACAUGCGGAACCGCCGCGAUCUGCAAGACGCAAAAUGCAGCGCCAUUGAAAUAGAGGCUCGCGAAUUCAAGCCCAUCUCGGGGGGCGAUUACCAUCUCACACUCCGUCUCGAGUCGGUCGAUCCCCAAGAGAGGAUCUACGGGAUGGGCCAGUAUCAGCAGCCUUUCCUGGACUUGAAAGGCUUGGAUCUCGAGUUGGCCCAUCGGAAUUCCCAGGCCAGCGUCCCAUUCGCUGUUUCUUCCCUCGGAUACGGGAUUCUCUGGAAUAACCCGGCCAUUGGUCGUGCUGUGUUUGGGAAAAAUAUCAUGAGCUUUGAAGCGUAUUCAACUGCCUCACUUGACUAUUGGAUUGUAGCAGGAGAAACUCCGAAGGCGAUUGUCCAGACAUAUGCAUCGGUGACAGGAACUGUGCCGAUGAUGCCGGACUAUGGGCUGGGGUUUUGGCAAUGUAAAUUGCGUUACCAAACGCAGGACGAACUACUCAGCGUCGCGCGCGAAUACAGACGACGAAAUUUGCCUCUUGAUCUGAUCGUUAUUGAUUUUUUCCACUGGCCGCUCCAGGGGGAAUGGAAAUUCGAUCCUACCUACUGGCCUGACCCGAGUGCGAUGGUCCGCGAGCUGAAAUCGAUGCAGAUCGAACUUAUGGUGUCCAUCUGGCCGACUGUGGACAAGCGAUCAGAAAAUUAUGCUGAGAUGCUUGAAUGUGGCUAUCUUAUUCGGACGGAGCGUGGGAUCCGCACCGCAAUGGACGUCGAGGGUGAGACUAUUCAUUGGGAUGUGACAAACCCGGAAGCACGCAACUAUGUUUGGCAAAAGGCCAAAAGAAACUACUUCUCACAUGGCAUCAGAACGUUUUGGCUGGAUGAAGCGGAACCGGAAUACACGGCCUAUGACUUUGACAACUACCGCUACUACCUCGGCCCUAACCUACGCAUUGGGAAUAUCUAUCCAGUCAACUACUCGCAAGCUUUCUACGAAGGACAGACGACUGAGGGCCAGCAAAACCCCGUUAAUCUGGUGCGCUGUGCGUGGGCGGGUUCGCAGCGAUUCGGCGCUCUCGUGUGGUCUGGAGACAUUGCUUCCUCAUGGGAGUCCCUGCGAAAUCAACUUGCAGCGGGCCUGAAUAUGGGUCUUGCAGGAAUCCCUUGGUGGACUACAGAUAUUGGGGGCUUCCAUGGUGGUGACCCAAAUGAUCACGACUUCAGAGAGCUUUUUGUGCGUUGGUUCCAGUGGGGUGCCUUUUGCCCUGUCAUGCGUUUACAUGGCGACCGUGAGCCACGCCAGCCACAACAGGGAACUACCGGUGGCGCGACUUGCUGUUCGGGCGCCCCUAACGAGGUGUGGUCCUACGGUCCAGAAGUGUAUGACAUCUGUAAAAAGUACAUGACGCUGCGAGAGGAGCUGAGGGAUUAUACCCGGUCCUUGAUGCAAGAGGCACACCAGGAUGGUUCCCCUGUCAUGCGGACCCUGUUCUAUGAAUUUCCAGAUGAUCCUGAAUGCUGGAAGACGGAAGAUGAAUACAUGUAUGGGUGCAAGUAUCUCUGUGCGCCGGUAUUGCACCCUGGACAGAAAAUCCGAAAAGUCUAUCUGCCGAAGCAUGCCCAGUGGGAGAGCCUCGAAGAUAAGACGACCUACAACGGCGGCUGUACAGUUGAGGUUGACUGUCCAAUCGAGUCGAUGCCAGUGUUUAUCCGCAAGUGA